GGGCUCUCGGCCACCGUAGCCCCUGCGAGUGGAGCCCGUGGCACGCGCUGCUGAAAGGAAGAGAAAGGCAAGAGAGUCGGGUUACAAGAUGGCGGCCGCACUGUGGUAGUUGCUGAGGCGGCGGCGCGGAGUGAGGGGGCCGGGCUGGGGGCUCAACUUUCCCCUCUUGCCUUCAAGGAGCCAUGAAAAGCGGCGUGUUAAAGACCCCGCGCUGCCCGUGAGCGACUUCCCGACCCCGCGGAGGCGGCGAACCGGCGCGGAGGCCCUGGUCGGGCUGCACCAUGUCGGACACCCGGCGGCGGGUGAAGGUCUAUACCCUCAAUGAGGACCGGCAAUGGGACGACAGGGGCACCGGGCACGUCUCCUCCACCUACGUGGAGCGGCUCAAGGGGAUGUCGCUGCUGGUGCGGGCCGAGUCGGACGGUUCUCUAUUGUUGGAAUCAAAGAUAAAUCCAAACACUGCAUAUCAAAAACAGCAGGACACCUUGAUUGUUUGGUCAGAAGCAGAGAAUUAUGAUUUAGCACUGAGUUUUCAAGAAAAAGCUGGCUGCGAUGAAAUUUGGGAAAAAAUCUGCCAGGUUCAAGGUAAAGAUCCAUCAGUGGAAGUCACACAGGACCUUAUUGAUGAAUCCGAAGAAGAACGCUUUGAAGAAAUGCCUGAAACUAGUCAUUUGAUUGAUCUUCCUACUUGUGAACUCAACAAACUUGAAGAGAUUGCUGAUCUAGUUACCUCUGUUCUCUCCUCACCCAUCCGUAGAGAAAAGUUAGCGCUUGCCUUGGAAAAUGAAGGCUACAUUAAAAAACUAUUGCAGCUUUUCCAGGUUUGCGAGAAUCUAGAGAACACUGAAGGUUUACAUCAUUUGUAUGAAAUUAUUAGAGGAAUUUUGUUCCUCAAUAAAGCAACUCUGUUUGAGGUAAUGUUUUCUGAUGAGUGUAUUAUGGAUGUUGUGGGAUGCCUCGAGUACGACCCUGCUUUGGCUCAGCCAAAAAGGCACAGGGAGUUCUUGACCAAAACAGCAAAAUUUAAAGAGGUUAUACCUAUAACAGACUCUGAACUUAGGCAAAAGAUUCAUCAGACUUACAGGGUACAAUACAUUCAGGACAUCAUCUUGCCAACACCGUCAGUUUUUGAAGAGAAUUUUCUUUCUACCCUCACUUCCUUUAUUUUCUUCAACAAAGUUGAGAUUGUCAGUAUGUUGCAGGAAGACGAGAAGUUUCUGUCUGAAGUUUUUGCACAAUUAACAGAUGAAGCUACAGAUGAUGACAAAAGACGUGAAUUGGUUAACUUUUUCAAGGAGUUCUGCGCAUUUUCUCAGACAUUACAACCUCAAAACAGAGAUGCGUUUUUCAAAACUUUGGCAAAGUUGGGAAUUCUUCCUGCUCUUGAAAUUGUAAUGGGUAUGGAUGACUUGCAAGUUAGAUCAGCUGCUACAGAUAUAUUUUCUUAUCUAGUAGAAUUUAGUCCAUCCAUGGUCCGAGAAUUUGUAAUGCAAGAAGCCCAACAGAGUGAUGAUGAUAUCCUCCUCAUCAAUGUAGUUAUUGAGCAAAUGAUCUGCGAUACUGACCCUGAGCUUGGUGGGGCUGUUCAAUUAAUGGGGCUCUUACGUACUCUGAUUGAUCCAGAGAAUAUGUUGGCCACAGCUAAUGUAAGAAAAUGCAAAGGGAAAACAGAGAAAAGUGAAUUUCUCAAUUUCUUCUACAACCAUUGUAUGCAUGUUCUCACUGCACCACUCUUGGCUAAUACUUCAGAAGACAAAUGUGAAAAAGAUGCAGCAGUUGGGUCCAACAAGAGUAACACUAUUUGUCCUGAUAAUUAUCAAACAGCACAGCUGCUUGCCUUGAUUUUGGAGCUGCUCACCUUUUGUGUGGAACACCACACAUAUCACAUCAAGAAUUAUAUUAUGAACAAAGAUUUGCUAAGAAGAGUAUUGGUCUUGAUGAAUUCAAAACACACAUUUUUGGCCUUGUGUGCUCUUCGCUUUAUGAGGAGGAUAAUUGGCCUGAAGGAUGAAUUUUAUAACCGUUAUAUCACCAAGGGGAACCUGUUUGAGCCAGUUAUAAAUGCUCUUUUGGAUAAUGGAACUAGGUACAAUCUGCUGAAUUCGGCUGUAAUUGAACUGUUUGAAUUCAUCAGAGUGGAAGAUAUCAAGUCACUUACCGCACAUAUAGUUGAAAACUUUUAUAAGGCACUUGAAUCUAUUGAAUAUGUUCAGACAUUCAAGGGGCUGAAGACUAAAUAUGAGCAAGAAAAAGACAGACAAAAUCAGAAAUUGAACAGCGUCCCAUCCAUAUUGCGUAGUAACAGAUUUCGCCGAGAUGCAAGAGCCUUAGAGGAGGAUGAAGAAAUGUGGUUCAAUGAAGAUGAAGAGGAAGAAGGUGAAGCUGUUGUACCUCCAAUAGAGAAAUCAAAACAAGAGGAUGACUUUCCAGAUAGUUAUGAAAAGUUUAUGGAAACUAAAAAAGCUAAAGAGAGUGAAGACAAAGAGAAUCUCCCAAAAAGGACUUCAGCUGGUGGAUUCAAAUUCACUUUUUCCCACUCUGCCAGUGCAGCUAAUGGAGCAAAUAGUACAAACAAAUCUGUAGCAGCUCAGACAUCACCAGCAAGUUCUAAUGGUUCCUCUUCAAAGAACACAAACUUGACUACAGCGGUAACAACCGCUAAGCAGGGAAGUCUAGUUGGCCUAGUGGAUUAUCCAGAUGAUGAAGAGGAAGAGGAAGAAGAGGAGACAUCCCCAAGGAAAAGACCUCGUCUUGGUUCAUAAAAACAUUGAAAUAAAUGUAUAUUAUGAGGUCUUAAAUGCUGCAACUGAUCAAAGAGCUAAAGAGUCUGAAUCAGAAAGCUUUCUCCCUUGAAUAUAUAAGAUAAUACAAGGAGUAGCAAAAGAAACUCAGUAUAUCAGUGAGAAAGGUUUAGUUCUGCAAACAUCAGGCUUCCAAGGAACUUAAUCUCUUUCUAGUAAAAUAAGGAGUCUGCCAUUCAGUUGGGAGGGGUGGGGGGAGGGUUAGUAAUCAGAACCUGGAUGACAGCUUCUCAGCAAGGAAAGUCUCAGGUUUGGGGAGGGUACUGGGAGGGAGGAAGGUGUGGUUAACAACUUUUAAUAUUGCAGGGUUUCUCCAGUGUGUAACAGACCUAGAAAAAAAAUGUAAAGCUUCAGUUGUAAACCCAGUAAUCUUAAUUUUGUAAUGGUGCUGUCCAUUUUGUUCUUUUAGCAAUUGCCUCUUUUUUUAAAAAAAUGAAGGGAAAAUAAUUCUAUUUCCAUAAAAAUAAAUUCAGAUUUUGGGACCAUUAGUUGCAAAUUUAAUAAAAUGUCUGACAAAUGGAGUGGGGAGCUUCUGGAAUAACAGUGCAUGUUGAGUUGUAAAAAACAUGAACUUUUCAACUCACAUUUUGAAGAGGAGAGAAAAAAAAGCAAGCUGGAUAAUGGACAGGUCAAUUAAUUUGAUUGUUUUUUAAAUUGGAUAUCCAGCAAUAUCUAUGCCAAGGAUUGGUAGCUUCCAAAAAGAUCUCCAGAAACUGCUAGCAUCAAUAAACUAGUACUUUAAACUACACACUAAGUACAGCUAGCAGUUUUUCAGGUGAUAGAAGAUACUGAAUUGAGUCACUUUCUGUUUUAUUAGUGAAGCUCUCGUCCUUGAGCAGCAGGUGCGUUUUUGCAUUUGUAGGUUUAAAUUGUGUAAUUGAGGUGGUAAUAAGAAACACUAACAAAGGUUUUGAAAAGUGGCAUUUAACACCCAGAAGCCAUUUUGGACCAAGAUGGAAUUAUUACUAACAAUAUACCAGUCUGUUUGAGGCAGAAUCAACAUUCAGCAUCUGAACCUGGGUGUAAUAUGAAAGCUGCUUUUUAAAGAGUAAAAGCACAUUCCAUGAACGUAAACUAAUUGCAACCAAAAAAAACAACAACAGGUAAAUUGAUGGAGGUAAACAGUUUAAGAGGUUUUAUUUUCAAAGAGCAGCAAGUGAACUGUAAAUAUUUUAAUGUUAGUUGCCCCUAUAUGAUCUGAGAUCAUGCUGAAGUGAGGG